AUGUGGGACUCGAACAAGAGCCAACGUCUCCCGUCCUUCGUAUGUAAUGCGGUGGUUCAAGAUCACCUUGAAGAUCUAGUAUAUCUGGGCCCCAGCACGCCCAGGACCCACCACCGUGCCGCCGUACUGACAAUCCCAAACCAGUCAAAUGUUCUCAGUUACAGGGCCGGGACCCCGCAUUGGGGAAAGGAGCUCACACACCCAGGGGAUCCUCAUCGCGCAGACGCGCGCGUGCCUGAAGCGCGGCGCGAUGGUGACGACACUACCGCACUACCGCACUACUACAGUGGUAGUGCUCGUGUACGGGGAGGGGGCAGUGGUUACGUCCCGUACGCGGUGGUGACACUGACACACAAACACACGCAGACCACCUAA